AGAUCAUUCUCACCAGGGUCCACAUGCCCUAAGGAAGACAGAAUGAUGUGAGAUGGAAUCAGAAGGGAAGGUAGACAUCUGCAAGGAAGCUACAGGAAACCCAGGGAAAGAGGAGAAUCAAAAAGAAGAAGUAGUUGGGGAGGAGGGGUCACGUCCAGGGAAAGAACUCCUGGAUUUGUGGCUGAAUUGUCCCAUGAAGAUCCGGCUGACAGAUGGUCGAACCCUGGUUGGAGAUUUCCUCUGCACUGACAAGCAGGCCCAUCUGAUCCUUGGAUCGUGUCGAGAAUAUCUGAGUGAAGCUGCUGAAGAAAGUGAGGAGGAGCCCAGAGUCCUGGGCUUGGCCAUGAUACCAGGUCGACACAUAGUCUCCAUUCACAUCGACGAGGCAUCCAUUCAAUCAAGGACACUAUGAGUCAGCUCCAGAGAGAGGAGUACAAAUUCCAUCCAAUUGGACACAUUUGUUCAAUUUACUCUGCUAAGAAUGGAACUCCUCGUCAGGCCAACAUCUGCCCCAUGAGUAAAGCCAAGCUGCAGAUCUCCAAAGAAUGUUUCGGUAAUCCUGAGCACAGUUUGGAAGGCCUCUCCCAGUUUUCCCACAUCUGGUUGCUGUUUGUGUUUCAUGCCAAUCACCACGCACAUCACGGGAAGGCAAAAGUGGCUCCUCCGAGACUCAAAGGACGGAAGACAGGCGUGUUUGCAUCCCGAUCUCCUUACCGGCCCAAUGCCCUGGGCCUCUCACUUGUUAAGAUUGACCGCAUUGAAGGUGACAGGCUCUCACCUAGUCCGGUGCUUUCACUUUAUAACUGCAAUACAUGGGUCAGGAUUUCUUUUUCUAUAUCAGGAGAUACUCUGUAUCUCUCUGGCGGAGACAUGAUCGAUGGCACUCCAAUCCUUGAUCUCAAACCCUAUCUGCCAUCCUAUGAUUGCCCCAUCACAGAAGCAGAAGACAACAGUUCAAAUACUUCAAAGGACAGUGCUGGUACCCCCUCAUGGAUCAAAAUGGCUGAUGAAGUCAAACUCACAGUUAGGUUCACUCCAACAGCACAGAGUCAACUGACUCAGUUUUCACAUGACUCAACUGAUGCCCAAUAUCAGCUGGAAUUCAUGGAGUCAGCUGAAGAACUACAAUUGGCAUUGAUAAAGAUUUUGUCAGCAGAUCCUCGCUCAGUCUAUCGCUCGACCAAAUGCAGUGAUAGACUAUAUUAUUUUACUGUGGACAAGGCCCAUGUCACAUGUUGGUUCGACGAUGAUGAACACGUAGUUGAGGUUCUGAAAGUGAAUUCUACUGCUUCUGCUCCUCAUUUGAGUUAUAAGACCUUUUCAGAUAUGGAAAAUUGAUAGUAAAGUAUUCACUUGUCUGUGAUGGAAAAUUAAAAUUAAAAUGAUUGCAGCUAUAAUGAUAGGAGUGUUUGAGUUGAGAAUGAAUGAAUGUUCCUCAAACUCAAAAAUGUUUACCAAUUUCGUC